AAGAAAAUCGUCGCAGAUGGACAAUCGCCUAAAGUGCGAAAAGUGUUUAUGUGCGUAUAAAUAAACAAAUUCAUAUCACACCUUUCUAUCAUAAUCUGUGAUUAACAUAUUCGAAUUUCAAAUUCUGGCGGCAGCGAAAAAAAUGGAAGAUGAUUAUUACCACGUGGUGACAAGGAUGGAAGACAUAACCGAGCAGGACGAUAGAAACCUAGCGGGCGCGCGGAAAGAAAUAAGAAAUGAUUUGCACAUUAUUAUACCCGAAAACCCGUUCCCUGAUGAAGAAGUGGACGCAUACCCACCUCUAAAAUACUCCUGGGUAAUUCCCGAAAAACUUGCAGCCAUGGCAUUUCCACGACACAAGGAGAAUUUACAGUUUUUGGUUAACCAAGGCAUAACACACCUGAUAACACUGACGGCGGGAAAAAAGCCGCCGAUAGAUGAUAUACCGAGAUUGCGGUGGACAGAGAUACCAGUCGAAGAGUUCGGAGUACCAACUGUAGAACAAAUCGAGAAAUUCAUUGAUAUUUGUAAGAAGGCUGACAAAAAAGGAGAGGUACUCGGUAUCCAUUGUCGCCAAGGACGCAGCAGAUCUGGUGUGAUGCUGGCUUGCUAUUUGGUACACUUUCACAGAUUCCACCCAGAGCAAGCGUUAAACGUCAUUCGGAUGAUACGACCAGGUUCCUGUGACUUUGGCGAUCAAGAAGAGGCUGUCGGCAGAUAUUACGAACGGCUAACAGAAAACAAUCCUUUAAGAUUUGGUGUUAGCGGCGAUGUUAUGGAAGAAUUUAUAGAAGCAGCGAGGGAGUAUACUAAGAAAAUGCUUUAGUUGCAAUUUUUAAUCUAAUUACUCAUUAUCACUUGCAAUUAUGUCAAACUUCGGAAAUAAAGUUUUUUAACUUAAAAUAAGAAUAGCUAAAGCUGUUGUAUUAAUUUAAAAGUCUGCUUUAUGACAAACUAAUUCCGUGGAGGAUUAAAAGUCGCUUUGCCAUCUGCGGGUUUACAGCUGGUAGUUUUCACUUUUGAACUGCAGUCCGCGUUUUGCAAUCCACGGUGAUUUUGGAGUUCUUUGGCGAAUCUGGUUUCGCUGGAAACGAUAAUCUCCUUGCAAGCUCUUCAUCAGCAUCAUUGCCGAGAGAUCUACUAAUUCGUAUUCAAAACAACCUCGAAUAUAAUGUGCUGUCAACAUUUUAAAGCCUUUUGAAAGGACUUUUAUUUAGAUUUGUACACAUUUUGUCACGUGACAAUUUCCAUAUACUCGUUUGGGUUGUAGCUGAGGGAUUUUGUCUAAGUUAUUUGAGUAAAUUAAAUUAGGUUAAAUUUCACAUUUGUUGGGUUAGCACAUGUAAAAUACAUUUUUAUAUGUUUAUGAUUUUAAAAUUAAUUUAAAAUUUUUCCAGAAUUAAAAACGAUUUACCUAUCAUUGAAACAAUAACGCUAGUGGCUAUACAGACUCAAUUAAAAAAUAACAUAGUUUUUUAUACUGUAAGCAAUUAAUUAGAUCGUUUGAAGAUCGUAAUUGCGGAAAUUGUAAAAUUCUGUUUUACGUGAGACGGUUUUGUUUAUUUUGGCACGAAUACAAACUAUUUCUAGAUUUUUCUUUGAUAGCAUAAAAACAUUUUAAUUGUACGAAAAUUGUAGACAUAAUAAUGAGAGAAUAUAUUUAUGUAAGAAAUAAGUUUGCGCUCGUUUUAUGGAAUAAAAAUAGGUAUGUAUUUAAAAUCAGGAAUAAUAUAAUUAUUAAGUACAUUAUACUAAGGUUUGUCUGUGAUGCACUUUUUUGUUGUGUACCUGAUAAUAAAUGUUAAUAUUAUUGUUUGA